AUGGACCAAGGCGUGGUUUUGCCCGUCAAAAUCCAACCAGGUUUACUAAGGCCCUUGGCCUACCGUGUUUUAUCUAAGAAGUAUGGGCUCAACAUCAAAUCCGAUGGACUGGUUACAUUGGCAGACUACGUGGGUAGGCGAUUUGGGAUGAAUUGGAAAAAGGAUGGUGAUACUUUGAAAUUCUUAGAGGAGCUAGCAUUAGUGUGGAAGCAGCAAGAACGGGGAUUGUUCGUUGACAAGACCGGUGUGGAAGAGGUGAUAGGAGAGAUAAAGGAAAGGCACAAGAUAUCUGAUGCCGUUAAGACGACUUCGCCGAUAGAUGGAAAGCACCAUAUCAACACGCUGGAGGGCUUUCUCAAAGAUAAUCGGAGGAGCAAUGACGAACAAGCAUUUCCCGGCGAAGAGCCGUUGCAGUCAGCGACCCCCACAGAUGUGGUUGCAAGUGAUACCACAGACAAUCAAGCAUUGUUGAACAAUAACCUUGAAAUGGACGCAAUGGAUGUAGAAGAUAAUAAACUUCACGAAACGGUUGACGAGCUUAAUUGGCAAGACUAUUUUAAGGUUCUCAAUGCAUUCACACAACAGCAUUUCAGAUACGAUCAUACCAACAAACAGUAUGAAUGUAUCGCAACUAUCCAAAAUUUUAAUCAUAAAAAAACAGAUGGGAUCGAAACACUCUUGCCCGACGCUCAAGCCAGCGUAUCUAUGUUUCCCAACAGAUAUCACAUACUUAGAGACCGAGUGAUGAGAAAUGAAAUGUUUCGAGAAAGCGAUUCAUUCAACCCACUUUCAUCUACGGUAAAUUUAGAGCAACAACUAGUGCAAUCAGCAGGCGAUUCUUUUCAACAGAUUUCUUUGACUCAAAUCAAGAACUUGUUAGGAAGAAAUGGCAAAAACUUUCUACUUCUUGGGCUAAUGAAGAAAAAUUCUAAAGGCAACUGGUCACUUGAGGACCCCUCCGGAGAUGUAGAACUGGAAAUAUCUCAGGCUAUACCAAAUAAGGGUACUUACUUUGUUCCGGGAUGCAUUCUACUAGUUGAAGGUAUCUAUUACUCUGCGGGUCACAAAUUCCAUGUCACCUCAAUUGCACAUCCACCAGGUGAGCGGCGCGAGGCUACUUUGGACGCUAUCGGAAAUGUUGACUUUCUAGGAAUUCAUCAGUUGUCAAAGACAAAUUACGUUUCCAGGCUGGACAAAAAUCUUAAGAUCAGGCUACACUUUUUGGAGAAGGAAUUGACAGACCAUAAAAUCGUCGUGCUUGGUGGUGACAUUUUCCUAGACCAAUUAGUGACACUAGAAGCAUUAAGAAAAGUCUUUCAAAGGCUUGAAAGUGAUCCACCAAUCGUCCUAGUCUUCCAGGGCUCGUUUUCUUCAAUACCAGUGUAUCCUCUGAUGAGCAGCAAAAAUAUAAGCGCUACGACAAGUUAUAAAAACAGCUUUGAUUCUCUAGCCAGCUUACUUGCAAAUUUUCCUGCUUUAAUAAACUACUCAACAUUAAUUUUUGUUCCAGGUGUUAAUGAUCCAUGGGGGUCUUUAGUAAAUCUCGGAACCGCAGGAACAUGGCCCCAAAAGCCAGUGCCAUUACGAUUUACGCAGAGAAUUAAUAGAGUUUGCAAGAAGGUUGUCUGGGGCUCGAAUCCUACACGAAUUGCAUAUUUAUCGCAAGAGAUAGUGAUAGUUCGAGAUGAUGUCAAUGGACGGUUCAAGCGGCACAACAUUGUUUUUCCUGCCAAUGAAGAGACUGACGAGGAGGAGGGAGAAUACUCAAUAGCUACACAGCCGAAUUUAAUAAGCGAAUUAGAUGACGAAUACAAAAGUAUCAAUCAACUGGUCAAGUCUCAGGAGCAGCUUCCAUUACGAAUUCAAGAAUCUAGGAAAAUUGUCAAGACAAUUUUGGAUCAAGGACAUCUGUCACCAUUUGAUACGUCCAUAAGACCUAUUAUUUGGAAUUUAGAUGAUACAUUACAACUGUCGCCAAUCCCCUCGACUCUAUUUCUCUCGGACACAACUGCUCCAGAAUUUGACGUUACAUACAAUGGAUGCAAAACCUUGAAUACUGGGAAAUUUUUGCACAAAAGGAAGGCGAGGUUUUUAGAGUUCAUUCCGUCCUUGAAAAAAGCAUCACAAGAAGAAGUUCACUUUUAG